GUAAGCGGCUCCCAGAGAACAACGGUAGAUUCAAGCAGCUGCGGGGAAAACUUGUCUCGGCCAUGGCGGAGUCCCAGCUGGUGUGCAUGGACCACGAGCACGUGAACGAGAAGGUCCCGGAGUCCAGCCCGGAGUUUUACUACAGCGAGGAGCAGCGCGCGGCCGUGGAGCAGCUGCUGAGGAACGGGGACGAAGCCUUCAAGAUGCGCCUCGCGGAGGACAACACCAAGGACUUCCUCUGCGCCCGGGAGGUCAAGUCCAUCCGCAAAACCUUCCAGGAGUACGGCACGGACAGCGACUCGGACUCCGGGGAGCAGGAGCGGCCCCGGCGGGCCUCCAGCGCCGACUCCGGGGUCCACUCCACCUACUGGCCCAAGAUGUCCGACACCGAGGCGCCGGCUCUGGACAUCGGCUGGCCGGCCAGCAGCGGCGUGUACAAGGGGGUGACCCGGGUGUCCGUGUUCACCCACCCGCCCAAAGAGCCGGGGCCCCACAUCAAGGAGGUGGUGAGGAGACUCAUCCAGGGCUCACACAAGGUGGUGGCCAUUGUCAUGGACUUUCUGACAGACCUGCAGAUCCUCCAGGACCUGCUGGAUGCCUCGUCGCGCCGCGGCGUGGCCGUUUAUGUCGUGCUGGAUGCCAAGGGAGUUCCCGACUUCCUGGAUAUGUGCUCCCGGCUGCAGAUUAACGCGAUGCAUCUGCGGAACCUCCGUGUGCGGACGGUGAGAGGUGCAGGGCUGGCCCUGGCCUUUGGAAAGCUGCCCGGUUCCUUAGGCUCCAAGUACAUGCUGGUGGACGGAGAGAAAGUCCUGUUUGGGACCUACAGCUUCACUUGGAGUUCAUCCCGGCUGGACAGGAACACGAUCACCGUCAUGUCUGGUCAGAUUGUGGACUUCUUCGACACCGACUUCAGGGAGACGUACGCGGCGUCUGAAGAGGUCGACCUCUAUAGGGAGUUCAACAUCACCAAGCCACCUCUUCUUAAGCCCAUCCUGAAGCCACAGGUGGAGCACAUCCGGCCUCUGCCCGUCUCGACGUCUCGAUUCCAGGUGUCCGCCGGGGACUCGAGACAAAUCAACCUGAAGGUCCCGGCACAUAAGUACCACAACCCAAAGUACGCUCUGGUUUUUGGGAACAGUGUAGGCCUGACGCGUUCUUUACAAGACCUCUCAACCCAGAGUGAUUCCCUCUGCAAUGGGCUCGAUCAGAGGAACGGACUGCAGAACUUGCACAGCAGCAAGGACAAGGUGGGUCCAGUUUCCCCACUGAGUCCAGGUUCACCUGCAAAGCAGGAGGAUGAGGACGGGAAAGGGGGUCAACUGAAGAACCAGACAGGCAACAUGAAAAGACGCAGUUCCUUUAGGCACUUCUUGAAAGGCAGAGGAGACCAGCAGAGCACAGAGACUAUAGAGGAGGGUGUGGUCAGUCCUCAGAGCCCCGCCCACACAUGUAAAGGGCCAGAGACCAAUGGCGUCGCAGGACAUGGACAGGAGGACUCGUUUGAGAUUGUUGAGAAACCAGAACUGUUGAAAGUCAAACCCAAAAGACCCUCAAAGGUCCUUCAGAAAAGCUUGUCUCUGCAGACAAUCAACAUGGGAAACGAGGAAGGACUAAAAAGCCGGCGGCGACAUCAGAAGAAGAACUGCAUCCAGUCAUGAGAUUCAUUCAAACAUUGUUGCACAAAGAGUUUCUCUUGAUAACAAACGAACGCUGCAGCAGCUGAGUCACCGUAUCGGCUGACGUCACUUGAUGAGUGUUUGCGGGAUGUAAAGCAGUGAAGGUCAACACGGAGGACGAUUCUGCAGAACCUCUCAACAAUGUCGCCAACAAACACUUCAGAAGGCAGGAGCUCCACGGCCAACGACGGCUUCUUGUUUUAAAUUAUUCCGCUGUGUUUUACACUCGCAGUACAUAGGUGUACUACGUCACAUCUUACAGUCCCGGUUGCUAUGGAGACAGGAAAAGUGUUCAGUCGAGGCACCUCGGAGUGUCGCGUUACUGUGGACCCUGAGGAACACCGUGUGUGUUUUAGAGGCUGUGAAUAAUGGACGAGUUAUUUAUACUGAAUAAACUGAUCUGAAAAAUUUAAUUAAAUCUUUUACAAUUGUUUAUGUUCAGCAAAAGCUGCAGAAACGCAUUAUGUGGUUGAUUAGGUGAUGAAACGUCAAGAGAGAUAAAAAUAUUAGAAGGAAACUUGUCAGAACUUGAACAACUUUGUCAGCGAACGUUAUUUUCUACAGAAACGGCUGAUAC